UGCUUCAAUUCAAAUUCUCUAUUGGUGAAGGUCUUUUCAUAUCUUUGUUAGGUUUUGAGUGCUCUGUUCUCACAUAUUCAAUGCAGCAUAAAAGACCCUUCUCUAUCAAAUCUUCAUUCUUUGGAGUUCUCUAAAUCUUUUGCUCUCAUAUUGGAACACUUUAAGCGAUUGAAGUUUUAGCUUAGUCAAGCGAUUGAAGUUUUAGCUUAGUCAAUCGAUUUUUGAGCUGAAAAUGCCACUCAAGAAUGGUCGUGGGAAGACAAAAGGGGAUAAGAAGAAGAAAGAAGAGAAGGUUCUUCCAGUUGUAAUAGACAUAACUGUAAAGCUUCCGGACGAGACUCAUGUUAUUUUAAAGGGAAUAUCAACGGACAGGAUUACAGAUGUUCGUCGCCUAUUAUCUGUGAGCACAAUUACUUGCUGUAUCACCAAAUUUUCAUUAACCCAUGAGGUACGAGGGCCGCGGUUAAAGGACUCGGUCGACGUUGCCGCACUCAAGCCAUGCGUCCUCACUCUAGUAGAAGAGGACUACGAUGAAGAGAGCGCAACGGCGCACGUUAGAAGGGUGCUGGACAUUGUGGCCUGCACGAGCAGCUUCGGUCCGUCGGCGAUCAAGGACUCCGGCAAGAAUGCGCGCGGUGCGCAGGAUAACAAGGCGGUCAAGAAGUCCGGCAAAUCUCAGUCGCCAUCACCGCCGCAAUCGCCGAAAGAUGCGGCGGUGGAAGGAGAAGGAGAGGGAGAGUUGAGCAAUUCAUGCCCUAAGUUCGGUAGCUUCUACGAGUUCUUCUCUCUCUCUCAUCUCACACCCCCUCUGCAAUUUAUAAGGAGAUCAACUAGGCAACACGCCGAUGGGAGUUUAGUGGAUGAUCAUCUUUUUUCCUUUGAAGUGAAGCUCUGCAAUGGAAAACUAGUACUUAUUGAAGCUUGCAGAAAAGGAUUCUACUGUGUUGGGAAACAGCGGAUUCUUUGUCACAACCUCGUUGAUUUGUUAAAGCAACUUAGUAGAGCUUUUGAUAAUGCCUAUAAUGAUCUCAUGAAAGCAUUUUCAGAACGAAACAAGUUUGGGAAUCUUCCUUAUGGUUACAGAGCCAACACAUGGCUCAUCCCUCCCAUUGCAGCACAGUCACUGCCGAUAUUCCAUCCUCUCCCUGUGGAGGAUGAAACAUGGGGAGGAAAUGGAGGUGGCCUAGGAAGAGAUGGCAAAAGCAAUUUAUUACCUUGGACUAAUGAGUUUUUAUCUCUUUCGGCCAUGCCUUGUAAGACAGCUGAGGAAAGGCAGAUUAGAGAUAGAAAAACUUUCCUUCUUCACAGCCUAUUUGUAGAUGUCGCCAUUUUCAGAGCAAUUUCAGCCGUGUGGCAUGUAAUGGGAAAUUCAGAAUCAACCCAUUCAGCUGUCAGCAGUGAGAUUAUCUAUGCUGAGAAAGUAGGGGACUUGAGUAUAACUGUCAUGAAAGAUUCUUCAAAUGCGAGUUGUAAAGUAGAUACUAAGAUUGAUGGAGUUCAAGUGAUCGAGUCAGACCCAAAGAAGUUACUAGAAAGGAACCUACUGAAAGGAGUCACUGCAGAUGAAAAUACUGCUGCCCAGGACAUUGCCACUCUGGGUGUUGUAAAUGUGAGAUACUGUGGUUACAUUGCGGUGGUUAAAGUUGAGGGGAGAGAGAAUGUCAAAACAGGUCCUCCAUUGCAAAUCCCUGAACUUAUCGAUCAGCCAGAAGGCGGUGCUAACGCCCUCAAUAUUAACAGUUUAAGGUUGCUUCUUCCCAAAAGAGAAGCUUCAGAACUCGUUAACGCAUUACCACAUUCAAGAACUUUGGAAUCUGAAGAGCGCCAUUCUUCCCAAGCAUUUGUGGAGAGGUUGUUGGAAAAGAGUCUUGCUAAGGUUCAGGAAGAGGAAAUUGAAGGGGACAUUUUUGUGAGGUGGGAACUCGGAGCCUGCUGGAUACAACAUUUGCUUGAUCAGAAAAAUACAGAAAAAGACAAAAAACAGUCUACUGAGAAGCCUAAAAAAGAGACGAAGGUUGAGGGACUUCGGACACCUCUUAGAUCCCUUAACAACAAGAAGAAUUCUGAGAACUUGAAGUCCACUUUAGGAGUUGUCAACGGGGAAGCGGAAAAUGCCAUGUCACCUUCUCUACAAGCUCAGCUUGAGACAAAUGCCAAUGACAAUGAGCUUGCGCUAAGGAAAUUGUUGUCUGAUGCUGCUUUUUCUCGUUUAAAGGAGUCGGAAACUGGUCUCCAUUGCAAGUCUAUGCAAGAGCUAAUUGACUUGUCUCAGAAAUAUUACAAUGAAGUUGCUCUUCCAAAACUGGUAGCAGAUUUUGGUUCCUUGGAGCUUUCACCAGUUGAUGGUCGGACUCUGACUGAUUUCAUGCAUACCAGAGGACUUCGGAUGUGUUCCCUGGGACAAGUGGUUAAGCUUUCAGAAAAGUUAUCACACGUGCAGUCUCUCUGUAUUCAUGAAAUGAUAGUUCGAGCUUUUAAGCACGUUCUGCGGGCAGUGAUUGCUGCGGUUGUUAAUACUGAGGAAAUGGCUGGGGCGAUUGCUGCUGCAUUGAAUCUGAUGCUUGGAGUCCCCGAAAAUGGGCAAUUAAAUCAAUCCUUCAGUGUCCAUUUUCUUGUGUGGAGAUGGCUGAAAGUAUUUUUAAAGAAAAGAUAUGAAUGGGAUCUCAUCAACUUAAACUACAAAGAUGUGAGGAAAACUGCAAUUCUACGUGGGUUAUGCCAUAAGGUGGGGAUUGAGCUGGUUCCAAGAGACUAUGAUAUGAAUUCUCCAGAGCCUUUCCAGAAAGUAGACAUUGUCAGCCUAGUACCAGUACAUAAGCAAGCAGCAUGCUCAUCUGCAGAUGGACGACAACUUUUGGAAUCAUCAAAAACAGCUCUAGAUAAGGGAAAACUUGAAGAUGCAGUCAGCUAUGGGACAAAGGCCCUUGCAAAGCUGGUAGCAGUUUGUGGUCCUUACCAUCGAAUGACUGCAGGAGCUUAUAGCCUUCUUGCUGUAGUUUUGUAUCACACCGGAGACUUCAAUCAGGCCACAAUUUAUCAGCAAAAAGCCUUGGAUAUCAAUGAGAGAGAAUUAGGCUUUGAUCAUCCAGAUACCAUGAAGAGCUAUGGGGAUCUUGCCGUGUUCUAUUACAGACUUCAGCAUACAGAGCUGGCUCUCAAAUACGUAAAGCGUGCACUCUAUCUUUUACAUCUUACGUGUGGCCCAUCACAUCCAAAUACUGCUGCAACAUACAUCAAUGUGGCUAUGAUGGAAGAAGGCCUGGGAAAUGUCCAUAUUGCCCUCAGAUAUCUCCAUAAAGCUCUGAAGUGUAACAAAAAAUUACUUGGCCCAGACCAUAUUCAGACAGCCGCAAGUUACCAUGCUAUAGCAAUUGCCCUGUCAUUGAUGGAAGCUUUCCCUUUGAGUGUUCAGCAUGAGCAAACAACCUUGCAAAUCCUCCAAGCUAAGCUGGGCCCAGAUGACCUGCGUACGCAGGAUGCUGCUGCUUGGCUCGAGUAUUUUGAAUCCAAGGCUUUUGAACAGCAAGAAGCAGCACGGAAUGGGACUCGAAAGCCCGAUGCGUCCAUAGCCAGCAAAGGCCACCUAAGUGUGUCAGAUUUGCUUGACUACAUUAAUCCAAGUCAAGAUGCCAAAGGGAAAGAUGAUGUGGCAAUGAAGAGGAAAACCUAUAUUAUGAAGGUUUUUAAAUCUGUUGUGCAGGUUAAGGGGAAAUCUGACCAAAACUUCAGUGUUGCAAUUUCCGAGGGAUCUGCAGAGGAUACCCCAAAAGAGGCAUCAGAUGAAGAGAAACUAAUUACUGAUUCUGAAUCUGACACAAAUGUGAAUGAUGAAAUCAUCUCUCCACCAGUUAAGCCCAUAGAGCUUGUACAUGACAAAACUACCGAGGACAAGCCAGUUCAGUUCAAACAGCCCAAGCUGGAGGAAACUGCUGCAGAAAAGCCAAUAGUUGCCAGAGAUGUUUUAGCUGAAUCACAUGCCGAGGGAGAAGAUGGAUGGCAACCGGUUCAAAGACCAAGAUCCGCUGGCUCGUAUGGUCAGCGACUAAGGCAGCGACAUGCAACUGUCAGUAAGGUUUAUGGUUAUCAGAAAAAAGAUUUGGUUUCUGAAUCGGAUUAUGCCAGACUUAAUAGUAACUAUCAGAAUAGUAGGUAUUACCUGUUAAAGAAACGAACAGUGUCUCCGGGAAGUUAUGCAGAUUACCAUACAGCGAAGAGUCCCUCCUCAAAUACCAAAUUUGGGCGAAGAAUCAUAAAAGCUGUAACAUAUAGAGUUAAGUCCGUACCAUCAUCGGAACCUGAUCCAGUGUCUGCACUGAGAGAAGUUGAACAAAUAUCGCAGAAAAGUUCAAUAGUUAGCCUUGGAAAAUCUCCUUCAUACAAGGAAGUAGCACUGGCCCCACCAGGUACGAUUUCGAUGUUGCAGGUUAGGGAGUCUGAGAAUGAUAUUCCCGAUGAUAACAAAGAGUUUGGUGUUGGAAACAAUGGAUUAGAAAAAAAGGAAGCAAAAGAAUAUGCUGACAUGAUAACAGAGGCUGAAAACGUAAAGGAAGAGAAAUUUGAGGAUUUUGUGUUGAAUUCCAAAGAUGACUCGAACGGUGGAGUUGAAGAUGUUGACAAUAAGGAAGAAACUAAAUCAAACAAUGUGAUGACGCAUAACCACAACAAAGAGCUUGGUGUUGGAAUGGACGGAUUAGAUACUUACAUAGCAAAAGAAAGUGCUGACAUGAUAAUAGAGGCUGAAAACGUAAAGGAAGAGAAAUCUGAGGAUUUUGUGUUGAAUUCCAAAGAUGAUUUGAACGGUGGAGUUGACAAUGUUGACAAGAUGGAAGAAACUAAAUCAGACGAUGCGAUAAUGGAUAAAAAAUCUGAGAUUGUGUCUGCAAUCGUCAAAGUGGUUAAAUCUAGCUGUGUGGAAACUGGAGUUGAAAAUGUUGACAAGAAGGAAGAAACUAAAUCAAACGAUGUGAUGCUGGAUGAACAUACUGAGAUCGUAUUUGCAAUUGUUGAAGCGGUCAAAUCUAGCAUUGUGGAAGUUGAUCAAAUGGUACACAAGAACCUCCAAACCAAUGACAUGCCAAAUUCAAUUGAGUCUCCCCAAGUGGAGCUCAGCGAGAAUGAUUCAUCCGAAUCAGAUAAUAAUUCAAAUCCCACCUUGCAAGGAGUUGAGGAUUUAAAGGAUAGAUCCUCAGUUUCUUGUUCAGGCGAUGCUCGGGAAUUAUCCAAUAAGUUGUCCGCAUCAGCAGCUCCAUUCAACCCAUCACCAGCUGUUGCACGUGCACGACCAGUGUCAAUGAACAUUACUCUCCCUUCUGGUCCCGGUGCUGUUGCAACCAUUGGCCCUUGGCCAUUGAACAUGACUCUUCACCCCCGGCCUCCUAUGGCCUUGCCCAUGGUUAUUCCUAUGUGCUCAUCCCCUCACCCGCCAUACCCUUCACCUCCACCCACCCCGAACAUGAUACACUCAUUGCCAUUUUUUUACCCUAUAUAUACUCAACCCCAAGCUGUGCCAACCACUACCUUUCCUAUUACUAGCAACCCCUUUCAUACCAAUCAUUUUGCAUGGCAAUGCAAUAUUAGCCCUAAUGGAGUUCAUUGGCCUAUGUGCCGCCCAAUGGAGUUCUCUGUCUCACCAACUGUUGUUGAGCCAAUCAUCGGUCCUAUUGUGGAACCGAAGGAACAAGUUGAUAAUUCUGAAAGCCCGAGUUUGGCUCCUAACCCGCUGGUGGACAUUGCCAAUGGCAGUGAAGCUGAUAAAGAAUCGAACUUUCUAGCAUCAGAGGCAGUGGAAAUUGGAAACAAAGUGGCUAUUAUUAGAUCAGAAGAUGAGAAAGAAAUCGGUGAUUUGAAUCCACACGGUGUUCUAAGUUCUGGGGAUCAACCGAAUCAUAGUAACACUCUUGAUGAUCAGGUGUCAACACACCCUCGGAAAAUUGAUAGCGAGAAAACCCUCAACAUUUUGAUAAGUGGGAGAAGAAACCGAAAGCAGACACUGCGAAUGCCGAUAAGUUUGCUCAAGAGACCUUAUAGUUCAGAGUCUUUCAAAGUUGUGUAUAGCAGAGUACUCCGAGAGAGUGAAGCUCUCAAGUCUUCCAGCUUUACUUCAAAUGAAAAUACUAUAACCAGUGGCAAGUAAGGCAAGUUUUUGUUGCUCUUACCCGUUAAGUAUAGUGGAGUGGUUGAGAGGAAGUAGAAAUUGUAUUCCUUGAUCAUGAACAAGAAAGAGAGUAGUAUAUUGAAGCUUCCGAUUUUCACAGUUUCAUAGUUUCUUGGCCUCUUACACCACUUCUUGAAAAAAUACAGAAUACCACAAUCUCUCAAAGCUGCUAUAUGAACAUUUGGAGGCCAACAUGCAGCUGCACAGCGCUCAGAAAUUUCUGUCCAUAAACUGUCAAUGGAGGAACUUUGGGACUGUCUUUUAACAUCAGGUUUACAACAGGAAAUAUACUUUUUGGGAUUUGAAAGGUGUAUUUUUACCUGAUGAAUGUUCAUAGUUGGGAAGUUUGUGUGAUUUUGUUUAUAACAAUAAAAAAAAAAAAACUAAAAUCUAGUUUUUUGAUUUUUGAUAAUUAAUUUUGAUUUAUUUGUA